CCGUGCAACUCGAGUCAUGGCAUAUGUAUGGUAAGGUAACUUCCUCCCGGCCCAGGCUUGAAACACCGGAGAGUUUUCGCUACAAUUUUUGUUGCUAAACAGUGACAAAGAUGCUCUCACUCACGCUCGAUUCCAGAAAAACGUGUCGUUAAUUUGUGUGAAAUGGCUAGUGGUUCAGAAGAAGAGGUUGUCCACAUCCCAUCACCUGAAUUGGGGAUCAAGUUCAACUCCUACGAGGAGGUGGAACGAUUCAUCCGGAUGCAUGAGGAGGCCAACUUUGUCAAGUUCCUCAAGCUGGACUCCCGAACGGUGGAGGGAUCACGCAAGCGACUGCCCAAGCGAUACCUGAGCGAUGAGCUCAAAUAUGCCACGGUGACCUUCGGCUGCAUCCAUCGGGGUCAUUACAAGAGUCAGUCCAAGGGACUGCGACCAAGACAGAAGACCCAACGGAUGGGAUGCCAAGCCAAGUUCAGGUUUUCAGCCACCCCUGACGGCAAGCAACUCUUCCUGGGGGCUUCGGUGACAAAGCACAACCACCCCCUCAAAGAGGCAAGCUUCAGGUCCCUCCCCCAAAAGAGAAAACUGAAUGACCAGGAGCGAGAGGAGGCCUGUGAAAUACUCCAGAAAAAAGGGAAGAGAUCGGCCCAGAAACACCUACAGGAGGCAACUGGCAAAGUACUUACUAUGAAAGACAUACACAACCUAGCCGCUUCAUCUCGGCAAAACUUGCUCUGCUACACCAACAUUAAGGAUAUCCUGGAUUAUUUGUCAAAGCUUGAGGAACAGACCAGCGUAAUUGAAGUAGUGACGAAUACGGACGGAAGGGUGGUUGGAAUCUACUACCAGGACCGGGAAAUGAUGAGAGUGUAUGCAUCUUUUCCCCAUUACCUUGUAGUUGAUGCUACGUGCAGGGAGAACAGCUUACGAAUGCCGCUGUACAUCAUGCUGGUUGAGGACAGCAACGGCGAGUACGAGAUCGUAGCUUACUUCACAGUGAUCGCAUCCAAUGCAGAAAGCAUCCGAGCCAUGAUGAUGAGAUUUAAGGAGCACAACCCCAAUUGGCCUUGCCUCCAGGUCAUCAUGGCUGACAAGGACUCCUCUACCAAGGUCUUGGUGGAGCAGUUCCCUGGUGCCUCUGUGCAGAUGUGCCUGUACCAGGUGCUGAGGAAGUUCAAGCAGGACACAUCUAAGAAGCAGCUUGGCCUGCAGAAGGAGGAGGAAGCAUUCUGCGAAAAGCUAAUGCGCAAGCUGGCAGCCUCCAAAUCAGAAGCAGCGUACAUGGAGAACUACAAGCAGCUCCUGAACACAGAACUUCAGACAAUGAUCAAGUACUACAACACCACCUGGCACAACAACCGACAAGAGUGGGUGGAGGGCCUCAAGUCCAGAAGUGUGGUCCUCAAGGAGGAGGAUCCCGACAAACUUACAGCAGUCAGUGAAAAGCUAAAGGCAGUGUUGAAGAACUCGCCGACCUCGAAACAGGUCAUGACUAACUUGAAGAGGGAAGUGGAGAGUCUGCGUGAGGAGCGAGACAAAACUGCGGCUGCUAUAAUAGCAGAGAAUGCUCCUAAGACCAAUCCAGACAACACCACAGUCAGUAAGUUUCAGCAGUACCUGACCCCCUUCGCACUGAAGUAUGUCCUGCGACAACUGAAGCUCAGCUGGAAGGUGAUAGCCAAGGCCAAUGUUGACAGCAAGUCCAUGGUCAUCAAGUCCAGCAAAGACAAGAUGAUAGUCUCCGUGGACAGCUGCGUCUGUCACCAAUGGCAAUCACUCUGCCUACCCUGCCGUCAUAUCUUCGCUGUCCGUCGCACCAAGGGCCUUCCCCUGUUUGACAAGGAAGUCAUUGGAUCCAGAUGGUCUCUUGAGUACUACAAGUCGUGUAGUCGGCUUUCAACUCAGAACACUGACACUGCUCGAAGCAUUGAUGCCCUGCAGAGACAACGGCUCCGUCUUCUGUCCCGCCACGAGAAAUACAUCCAGGUUUCUGAAAUCACCCAGCAGUUGGCAACUGUUGUGUCGGAGGCUCCAGCAGAACAAUUUGCAAGCCAACUGGAAGCCGUAAAAAAAAUGCUGACUUGCUUUCAGAACGGCUCUUCUGUCAACAUCAUAGAAGAGGUUGGACAGCACACAAUAGCCACUGAAGUAAUUACUGAGAGUUUCCCUUUUCAAGAGAAUAACAGGAUCGAAAGUUUGUAAGAGACACAUGGAAAAGGCGAUCUAGUUGCUGUGACCUCACAGACAACAGCUUUUUGAGAAGGUUGACAAAUCAGUUGAAUCUACUAUAUGUAGAAACGUUUGUUAGCAACACCUGCUUCAUAAACCUAUGCAAGAUGGGUUGAAUAUUUAUUUUACCAGGAGUCAGGCAAUCUCAGGUUCUGGGGUGUGAAAGGGUUGCAGAAUCACUCGUUGUUUGUUUGUUCCAUGCACCUGCUUCAAUUAAAGUACGCAGUAUUGGUUGAGAGUUGUCACCACAAUACAUGUACAUGUAAUGUGGAAAUUCAGGUCCAUGCACAUUUUCAGCAGUGUUUUUUCCUACUAUCAAUGGAAAAAAAAUCUCACAGUUUUGACAUUGUGCAGUUUUUGAUUAUGGUUGUGAUUUUCCCGGGAAUUACUUGAAACAUAUUUACUUGUUCUGUUAUCUAAGAUAGUGUGGCGAAAUUCUGAUUCUUCCUGAUUGUGACAGUCUAAAAAAAACCCAGACAAGCAUCAGUCCAGAUGGUCACUGGACGAUUAUUCGUUUGGAGACUGUCUUUCGCUACUUAAGGGAAGGGAGUUAAUUCCCCUUUGAGUCGCUUUUGUGCUCUUUUUAAAAAAAUAGCACACAAUUCAAGCUUUGGGGUGCAAAAUGCAUCAAAAUUACGGAUCAUGGAGUUGCAUUUCACUUCAACAGGAUAUUAUUUUAGGAACUAAAACAUUCCUGAAAAAUCGCUGUCUGACUGGUUUGCAGCAUUGGUAAUGUUGCAAGCAUUGUGAUUAUGGGUGUGAUGGCAUUAUUAUGGUUUAUGGCUUCUGACUAGCACCCUUGAACAAAGACAUUGACAAAAUGGGGAACCGCCAACAUAGGGCUGGAUAGCUCAGUUGGUAAAAGCACAAGAACGGCAAUCUGGAAAAUAAAGGUUCACAUCCCGCUCCAGUCAAUUUCCUUGUUCAACUUUGGAAAAAUGCAGUGAUGAAAGACAGGAUAGGAACACUUUUUAUCCGUCAAAUUGAGGAAUUCGUGUUUAGGAGGACCAUUUCAGAUGCCAUAGAAUAUCCCCGCUUUCCAAAUUGUUGCUCCAAAGUACACGCAACAACAUCCUCACUGGUACUGUUGUUCUUGAGCUAGCUGGAUUUGUGAAGUACAUUGUAUGGAUGUAAUAAAUAAUAAAGCUGAAAUUUACAGUUGAAAAAAAAAACACUG